GGGCAGCGCGCGUCACCGGCGCGGCCGGGCCGGCGGUGCGGCCGAGGCCCGGCCCCCUCGAUCCGGGUAUCGCCGCCCCUUGUGCCGCGGCGGGAGAGCUGCGGGCUCCUGGGCCGGACGCGCCCCUGCUCCCGGCCCGGCCCGGCCCGGCCGUACGAGCGUGCAGAAAUGUCUCCCUUCGAAAAUAAAGGACUAAUACUGGGCAUAAUGGCAGGGACUGCUGGAUUAAGCCUGGUGAUGAUUUGGUACCGCAAGAUCCGAAAGCCCGGUGCAGCUGUGCGAAUACGUGCAUUCCAGGAUAUAGGUAACAAAAUUAAUUCUGCGGGCUUGCAAAAUGAGGCUCCUAAUGAGCAAGGAGCAGUAAUGGUUUUACAUGGAAGGCAACUGCAGAUACUAGAAAAAUUGAAUGGCCUGCUACUAAGCGUGGACGAACUGAAGAGAGAGGUGGAAUUUCUGAAAGAAGCUAUUCCAAAACUCGAAGAGCUUGUUCGAAAUGAGCUGCAAGGGAAGGGUGAUGUUCAGAGAGUUAGCCCAUCACACAGAGCAACAAGGCGGAGAAAAGCAGAGACAGCUUCUGGUGCGAGAGAAACUACCAGCUCUGAGGAGGCAGAAAGUGAAGGAGGUUACCUUACUGCUCAUACUGAUUCUGAAGGAGACUCUGAGGAAGAAAAGAGAUGUAUGAAAGCACCUGAUGCCAUUGUGAAAUCAGAAGAAGAUGAAGACUUAUUUAAUUUUUUACAGCAGGUGGACAAUUUACACAAGGGAUCAGAGGAUGAUAAAAAGGAGGGAUUCAGACUGCUGCUUGAGAAAGAUGACAAGUAUGAAAACUGUGCGGACUUUCUUUGGAGGUUUGCACGUGCUUAUGGAGAUCUGUUUGAGAUGACUACUGAUGCUGAGGAGAAGAGGAAAUAUGUAACUGAUGGAAAGAUUAAAGCUGAAAAGGCUGUUCAGCUGGAUGCUGGGAGUGCUGAGAGUCACCAGUGGUUUGCAAUUAUGUGUGGCUAUAUGUCUCAGUUUGAAAGUGUACAAAACAAAAUCAGGAAUGGUUAUCUCUUUAAGGAGCAUCUAGACAAGGCAAUUGAACUUAAGCCUCAAGAUCCCUUUUUAUAUUACCUAAACGGAAGAUGGUGCUAUUCAGUAGCUCAGUUGUCUUGGCUUGAAAAGAAAGUUGCUGCUGCUCUCUUUGGGACUCCACCAACUUCAACAGUAGAAGAAGCAUUGCAAAAUUUCCUUAAGGCAGAAGAAAUGCAUCCAGGAUAUUCCAAAUGCAAUUAUGUGUAUUUGGCGAAGUGCUAUAAAGAUCUUGGCCAGAAAAACAAUGCACUGAAGUACUGUGAUUCUGCACUGUCAAUUCUCUCAGUUACUAAUGAGGAUAAAGAGGCCCAGAAAGACUUAGAGGCUUUACUUCUUACACUGAAGCUCUGAUACUACGUACUUUUAACUCUUCAUGCUGUAAUAAAAUUGCAAAACUAAAAUGAGAAUCUACAGUGACUGGGAACUGCGGGUGAAUUUCAGCUAAGUCAAUGGAAAAACAGGCAUUGAUUUUGUUUGGCUUGGAUCAUGGCCUUUAAGUGUCUGGCAAUUAUGGUAUUAAAAUAAUACAUUCAUUUUUGAUUAUUUAUAA